AACUUAGCAAUUAAAUGAUCACAAUUCACUCUCUUUCUUUUUUAUCACCAUUUUCAUCAAAAACGCAAUUCAUUCUCUACAAUCUUCUUCUUCUUCUUCUUCUUCAAAUAAUCAAAUCCGAUGCCAUGCAAAGCCGAGAAAUGCAGAGCCACACAAACAACUACCAAACACUUCCCAAAAAACAAGAAGUAAUCAUCACUGUCUACGUUGAAUCUCCCAAAUUACAAAACAGUAAUUCCCAUAAAACGCAAAUUAUUCCCCACAACAAUAACAACCACAUCAAUCCAAAGCCUUCUCUUCCCAAAACCCCCAAUUCCACCGGCUACGACCGCCGGGCUCAGCUUCUCGCUUACUCUCGCCACCUCAGAAAUGUUCAUUCCUCUAACACCCAAUCUCCCCAACCCAAAUCCAAGAAAUGGAAAUGGAAGGUCCGAUCAGAAGCGCCAACAGUGCGGCGGAUGCCAUCGAGACGGGCGUUGCAACGGUGGAGAUAUGAACGAGUUGGGAUGAUGAGAGAAGAGAGAACAGAGGUUGUGGAUCAGCCAUGCCGGCCCAAGUGCUUGGGUGGACGAAGCAACAAGAAAAGCACUUCAAGAUCGGGUUCUUCUAUAUUUAGGAAAUUGAAGAGUUUACUGGGAGAGUUAUCAAAGGGCUGCAAACGCAGUGGUGAGGAUAGAGGAUGAAAAUGGCGGAUGGUAAGAUAAUCAGAUCCGCCAUUUGUGUUCAGUCCCUUGUUUUUCUCCACGCCUUCAAUUCUGCUGGGAUGUACACUUGCUGUGUGUCGAUUGGGCUGUGAUUGUGAAGGACCAAAACUAAGUGUUCUGUGUAUGUGGAUGAUUUGUGGGUGGAAGGAAAAAAUGUUUCUUUUCCAACUCCUUAUGGGGUUGGUUGUGUAUCUUUUGACUUCUGACGUUUAAUACUAAAGAGUGGUUAUGUCGGUUUUGUUUU